UAUUUUUUUCUGUGCAGGACGACGGCUGGCGGCGCCAUAUUGAAAGAAGAAAAUUCUUCCAUAAAACGCUGCAAACGUCGAAUUUGUCACCAUGUUGUACUUGGAAGAUUACCUCGAGAUGAUCGAGCAGCUUCCCAUGGACCUCCGAGACAGGUUCACGGAAAUGAGGGAGAUGGACCUGCAGGUCCAGAACGCCACCGACCAGCUGGAGCAGAGGGUGAUCGAGUUCUUCGUCAACGCCAAGAAGAACAAACCAGAGUGGAGGGAGGAGCAGAUGGAGGUCAUCAAAAAGGAUUAUUACAAAGCUCUGGAAGAUGCAGACGAGAAGGUUCAGCUGGCCAAUCAGAUUUAUGACCUGGUGGACCGUCACCUGCGUAAACUGGACCAGGAACUGGCCAAGUUCAAGAUGGAGCUGGAGGCGGACAACGCCGGCAUCACCGAGAUCCUGGAGAGACGGUCGUUGGAGAUGGACAGCCCGUCCCAGCCGGUCAACAACCACCACGUCCACUCGCACGCCGCCGCCGAGAAGAGGAAGUACGGCGCUCCGUCUCACCACACCACCGAACACGUCCCGGAGAAGAAGUUCAAGUCGGAGGCUCUGCUGUCCACGCUCACGUCAGACGCCUCCAAGGAGAACCCGCCAGGUUGCCGUAGCAACAGCACGUCCUCGUCCAGCAACAACGUGUACAGCGUCAACUCCUCGGCGCCGCUGGCCUCCUACAACCUGGGCUCCCUGUCGGGGGGGGCGGGCGGCGCCGGCGCCAUCACCAUGGCAGCCGCACAGGCGGUGCAGGCCACGGCACAGAUGAAGGAGGGGCGCCGCACCUCCAGCCUGAAGGCCAGCUACGAGGCCAUCAAGAACAACGACUUCCAGCUGGGGAGAGAGUUCUCUCUGAGCCGGGACGGAUCCGGAUACUCGUCCUCCGCCCUGGCCUCCACCCUCACCCAGACCCUGAACCCCAGCACCACCGACUCCCGGGGACGCAAGUCCAAGAGCAACCUGAAGUCCUCCAACCACCAGUCCUCGUCCUCGUCUUCGUCCUCCUCCCUGUCGUCCUGCUCCUCGUCCUCGGCGUUGGCCCAGGAACUUUCCCAGCAGACGUCGGUGCUGCCGGAGGCCGAGGCCGCCAGUCAGGUGGACUGGACCUACGACCCCAACGAGCCGCGAUACUGUAUCUGCAACCAGGUGUCGUACGGGGAGAUGGUCGGCUGUGACAACACAGACUGCCCCAUCGAGUGGUUCCACUACGGCUGCGUGGGCCUGACCGAGGCCCCCAAGGGCAAGUGGUUCUGCCCCCAGUGCACCGCCGCCAUGAAGAGGAGGGGCAGCCGCCACAAGUAGCCCCGCCCCCAGCCGUCGCCGCGGCGACCACGUCAGCUGACCAACGGAUCACAGCCACACGGAGGAAGGUGGUUUUCAGUUCUGAGGGGAAUCUGAACCCCAAGUUCAGAUAUUUAAUCCUGAUCUGGUCAGAAUCUUUUACACAUUUAGAGCCUUAAAAGUCCAAAUCCAUUAAUGUAGCUCUGAUCAAAUCUCCUUCAAUAAGCUUUUAUUUUAGUUCUCUGGUGUUUUAUUAAAGUAACGCAGUAGCGACCCGUCGUCUAGACGUGGCUAAGGUUUCCAUGGAAACACUGAGGAAUUUGAAUCUGUGUUACGAUGAUUAAAUAAAAGCGUCCGGAGGAAGUGGAGACUCGAACGAGAGGAACUUCUGGAGCUCCGUCGCCACGGUGACUGAAACCAGUCGCUGCUUCGUCCAGAUAAACAUCGUAACAAAACACGUCUCUGCUUCGUCUCCUAAACGAAUUAUUUUAACACGAUAAGAACGAAGUUAAAUCUUCACGUCGUUUUUGUUUUCAAGUAUCGGCUUCGAUCUCGUUUGGAGAAAUAAUUGGUAACUUAUCGAGAGUGUCGUCGAUCAGCAGAAAUAAACCCACGUUUGGGGGCGUGGCUUGACGUUGAUCAUUCCAGGGAUGUAAAAUCCUCGUCUGGGGGUCGGUCGCUCGCAUUCACGGCUCCAAACUUUAGUCACAUCUCCACUUCAGAAACACGAGACUGAACCGGACCCCGCUAAAGUUUUGUUGUUUUUUUUCUUUAAAUCUUAAUGUGUUUUUUUUUUUUUUUCCCCCUAAUUGGAUCGAGUUUUAUUUUGAAAAUCCAGCCAUUCCAGACGUAAACAUGAAACCAGAUCUCAGAACUGAAAUCCUUUUCCCAUGAUCCCUUGCUGCUCCGCCGCCACAGAAACAUGAACGACUCGUUGGGACUCGAACCCCCAACCAGACGGUGGAAACUCGGACCUGGAAACGUGUGUGUGUGUGUGUGUGUGUGUGUGUGUGUGUGUGUGUGUGUGUGUGUGUGUGUGUGUGUGUGUGUGUGUGUGUGUGUGUGUGUGUGUGUGUGUGUGUGUGUGUGUGUGUGUGUGUGUGUGUGUGUGUGUGUGUGUGUGUGUGUGUGUGUGUGUGUGUGUGUGUGUGUCUUUAUGGUUGUUAUGGAGAGACUAGAAAAACCAGUAAAAUAAAAUGAACAGGAUGUUUUCUACAA